AUGGCUGCCAACUCCGCCAAUGGCACUACCAGCCAUGCGUUGGAUCUCACAGUUUUGGGCUUAAACAGUGGUACAUCCAUGGAUGGCAUCGACUGUGCUCUCUGUCGAUUUCGCCAGGAGACCCCCGAAUCACCUAUGCACUUCGAACUACUCAAGUAUGGCGAAAUCCCACUUGAGCCCGUAAUCAAGAAGCGCGUGAUGAACAUGAUCCUGCACAACAAGACUUCCCCAUCUGAGCUGUCCGAAGUAAACGUAAUCCUAGGCGAGACCUUCGCUUCAGCCGUACACCAGUUCUGCGCGGAUUACAAAGUGGAUAUCAAAUCAAUCGACGUCCUCGGAUCCCAUGGCCAAACCAUCUGGUUACUCUCAAUGCCGGAAGCUGGCGAGACCCGCAGCGCUCUAACAAUGGCCGAGGGCACAUUCCUCGCAUCCCGCACAGGCAUCACCUCUGUCACAGACUUCCGGGUAAGCGACCAGGCCGCUGGUAGGCAAGGAGCACCCCUGAUUGCCUUCUUCGACGCACUGGUGCUACACCACCCCACCAAGCUACGCGCGUGCCAGAACAUCGGCGGCAUCGCGAACGUCUGCUUCGUUCUACCAGAUAGCCAUGGCGGCGUCGACGCCUGCUAUGAUUUCGACACUGGACCGGGAAACGUCUUCAUCGAUGCCGUCGUGCGCCACUAUACCAACGGCAAGCGCGAGUACGACCAAGAUGGGGAAAUGGGAGCCCGCGGUACUGUCGACCAGAAGCUUGUCGACGAUUUCCUAACACAUCCUUAUUUCGCCCUUGAGCCACCCAAGACUACGGGUCGUGAGGUCUUCCGCGAUACCCUCGCCCACGAGUUUAUCGUCAAGGCCGAGACCAAGGGUCUCAAGCCGGAUGAUGUCGUCGCUAGUAUUACCCGCGUCACUGCCCAGGCCAUCGUCGACCAUUACCGUCGCUACGCGCCUAAGGAUCUUGAGAUCGCUGAGAUCUUCAUGUGUGGCGGUGGCGCCUAUAAUCCGAAUAUCGCUGCUUUCAUUCAGUUAAAUUACCCCAACACUCGCAUUAUGAUGCUAGAUGAGGCUGGCAUCCCUGGCGGCGCCAAGGAGGCCAUUACAUUCGCGUGGCAAGGGAUGGAGGCUGUGGUUGGCCGCUCCAUCCCUGUCCCUACUCGUGUUGAGACUCGCCAGGAAUAUGUCCUUGGGAAGGUGUCUCCGGGUAAGAACUACCGCAAGGUCUUGCGCCAGGGCAUGAUGUUUGGCGCUGGUCACGACCACCUUGCUCCAGUCAAGGAGUUGGUUAACUAUAUUGAUGGUAAGCCGUUUGAUAAUAAAUGGUGA